UUCGCCAGGGAAGAUGAGGAACAAUUGUUAAAUGAUUUAAAGGAUCGGUUGGAUCAUGAUGAUCUGGAGCUUGAUGAGAAAUACAACCAUGUUAAUUCGGUUCAGGAAAUAAUGUUGGCUCGGAAGAAUGAGCAUGAACAGAAAUAUUCUAUGGCUGAAGCUCUUAGAAGAAAAUUGAAGCAUUACGAUGGUCUUCUACUGUCGGAAGAUCGAAAGUAUAAAACAAUUAAGCAAAAAGCAAGAGAAGAGGUAUAACAAUAAGUCAAUAACAAGAAAAGAAGCAAACAUGAAUUUAGAACUACUGUAUAUAUGAUGCUAUUGUAAAGUAAUAUUUUUAUCUGGUCUUUUAUUUUUUGUAUUGCAGUUCAAGGGAAUGGUUAAGGAAAUACGUGAUUGGUUAGUUGAACAAACAAAGACGCUAUCAACUUUGUCAGGAAAGGAUGAUCCUAUCUCUUUUAUUCAUAAUGUAAACGGAAAAAUCAAACUUCUUGAACAAAACUGGGCUGCAUCACAGAUGGAAAGGGAACCAGAUAUCGAACGAGUAACAUAUGACAUGACACUUGACAGCUAUAUGAGCAUGAUAGACGAUUUUCGUCGCAGAUUAGUGAAGGGUCGGGAGAAUGAAAAGAUCAAAAAUUGUUAUGUGCUCCCUUUUCAAGUGGAGUUCAACAGAGUUCCUUUGAAAUGGCUUCAACCGAAACUAAUAGGGAGAAAUGGUGAUUUUACCACUAUGCACACAAAACAUCAUAAUGUUUAUAACAUGGCUUUCAGCAACAAGGAAGGGCAAGUGUAUGAAAUGGGACCGGCACUUAGAGGUACAACAUUCGUCGUUCCCACAAUCCCUGGAGCGAUUCUACUGGGCUUCAAUUGUGAUUAUAUCAACAUGAUUAACCCGACCCCGCCGUUUUUGGAGGAGGAAGAGUUACUGGAAAAAAUGAGGGAACUCAAAUUGGGGGAAGAUGGUUGGUUUGAUGCCAUACACGUGCAUUUGUAAGGACCAUCAAUUUUAUGCUGAAUGAGCCUGCAAGGAUGAACAAUAUCUGUGAGGCUGUGUCUGGUGGCCUAAGCAUCACAGAUGUUCUCAUCUAUUGCAUAUGGUAUUGGAAGGAUAUGUCAAUCGUGAUGCGGCAGUGGGCUCUUGAUAAUAUGAAGACAAUAAUUGAUUCAUCGCUGAGAAACAAGAUAGGUGCAUCCACCGUGGAUGAAGUAGCACUUCUGUUACAUCUGGUUCUCAACACGCUUGCUCCUGGAAGAGUGUUGGACACCACCAAUGCUGGACCAUCAUCAGGACCUUCCCGGUCAUCGGGAGACGAUGGUGGUGGCGAGGACAAAAAGGGAAAAAAGCAGGCUCAACUACCAUUACCUAGAACACCUGGCCGCGAUGAUGGUGCUAACAAGGGGCAGCCACAAUCUCUAGCAGGUCCUGGUAAAACACUUCUCCAGAUUUUCACCGUAUGCCCCAAAGGUAUCAAGCUGCAUGAUAUAAAAGGCAUUCUCGUGCAUGAAGAUCGUGGUACUCAUGUUAUUUAUUCACGUAGCGAUGCUCAUGGGUUCCGGCUUUCUGGGCCAGAUUUGGCCAUUUCGUCCGAAGCUGGAUCAUUCCUUGAAAUCGUUCCAGGUACAACCAAGACCACAACUCGCGAUGACAUUUUCAUGUGUUUGGAUGACGGGUUCUCCUGUUAUAAUGGAACUAUGUCAAAGGCCAUGAAUUAUGGCGGUGGCCAGGUACUUGUGGUAUAUGCUGUUUUGACAGGAGCCGUGGAGCUCAAUGUUGAAAUCAAGCUGCAGCUGCCACCAACUGGUCAGACAUACUCGAUCAGUGGUUUGGUUUCAGUAAACCAGGGGAUUGGAGCCAGCAGCAUCUUAUCUAUCGACCGAGCAGACUACGUUUCUGUGCAUGAGCAACCCGUACGCUCUAGAGCACCUGGGUUGGGGCUUCUUGACCUUGUCCGUUGCAUGCCAAUAAUAUUACCAUUGUCUCGUUCAGUUCUCGCUGUGAAGCUUGGUGAGACCAUCACAGUUGAUGGCAACCUGUUUGUGGAUGCUCAUCCAGUGACGUUUUGUGAAGUAAUCCAGAUACCAUCAAAUGUCGAUCUCAUUGAAAAUAUUGAGACACCAUGGAUGCGCCAAGGCGAGUUUUCCUGGAGUUUAAAUGUUACUUUGAUCAAUAGAAAUGUUUGAAGAGGAACCUUGCUGACAAUGCUGGUGGAUUUGGCUUCCCUACCAAAUGCUGUGCAAAAUGUUUGGAGCUUGCAUGUGCCAAUCAAGAUGCUUACCUUCAGAAAACAGAAGACUAAUCACAAGCUUGAUGCAAGAAAACUGCAACACGUGGUCCAUGCAUUGAUGUCCUUCAUUUUCUUCGCACCCUCGGACCUCCUGCUUCCAUGCAUUGAUGUCCUUCAUUUUCUUCGCACCCUCUGACCUCCUGCUUUUAAGGGACCUAUUAAUCAUACAUGGUACUAGUUUGCUACUGUACGGCUAGAUUGUGUGUUGGCCAGAAAGGAGGGAUCGCUUUGUACUGAAUAUGCAUCCCAACAGUCUUCUGGUUAUUAACAUGGCAGUUCGUGAAUCGAAGUCACAAUGAAGCAAAUGAUUAUUGUGCCUGCAUCAA